AUGCCUCACGAUCAACCCACGAGCUCGUUCGAUGGACAGCAAGCGGAUUUUUACGAUGACUACGAUGAUGAGAUGAACUCUCAUCCUGAUUUCGCCGAAGGAGCGUAUGAAAACGACGGAAAUGAAGAAUGGGCAGAUGAAUAUGAAGAAGAAGAAGAAGAAUCUCAGGAAAUGUUUCCCAUUGGCUAUAGUAUUGAGUUCUCUCCCCCGAGAUUUGAUGGAAACGACGAAGGCAAGAGCUCGGAUGCACCGCGUGGUGGGCUGGGGUCUCAAGCUCUGCCUGUGCCUGAUAGCAUGAGAUCGGAUUGGGAUGGCAUCCCUCAAGAUGGUGCUGAAUACCUCUUCACAGUUCGGUUUGUUCAAGCUGAAAGCCGACCGCGAGUUGUAGCAAAAGAAAACCCGUAUGCACUCAAGCCACGUUCGCGGAAAGCACGCUCGACGACGCCAUCUGGGAAUCCAGGCUCAUCCUCCUCUGUGGAUGUCGCCUGGAGGGCGCAAUUUGCUUUUCGUUUCAACAACAUGAGAAAGAGCCUUCAAGACCAAGAGCCAGACAACUGGUCUAUGGACAACGCCUACCUGAACACACCUCCCGCAAAUGAUGAAUCCAAUUGGAGGAUUUUCAUCUUUGGGAAGAAAGUAGUACCGAGCUCAGGUGAUCAGACUUUAAUCAAAUGGGUCGGUGCAAAGCAGCCAAUUCCCACAUUUUUGAAAGCUUUAGAUCAAGUCACUGUCAUCGCAAUUUUAACUCAUUAUACCGGCUGGAUAGAGGAGCGGUUGUACUCCUUGAUGGCCCUAAUUGAGCAGCACACCGAGACUCCUGGGGAUGAUUCGGAAGCCGAUACUGCUCAUGAGAUCACACUGCUCUCUGCCCAUGAUGGAUCGUGGCUUUUGGGUCUGUUAUCGAUUUUGGACAGUGUUUUGACUGCACAAGACAUCUAUAGACUCAGAGCAUUAGCAAGAGCUUGUAAGCGCGUUGCUCAGAUAGCUGACGCGGCAAGUACACAAGCCGUAUCUCAAGACGAUAGCUCACAUCAGGAAGCCGCUGCAGGUUGGAUGGUCGUCGCUGCCAUUGCUGAUGUUUGGGGACAAAAGGAUCUUUGGGAAGAUUGA